AAGAGAAGUAUAGGAAAGAAAGAGGGAGAUAGAGAAAGAAAGAUUGAGAGAAAGAGCAAAGAAAACGAGAAAGAGAGUGAGAGACAAAGAGAGAAAAGAGAGAGAGAGAGAGAAAAUGGAAUUUCUCUAUUUCACAUGUCCUCACUUUCUUCAUUACAGAUUAAUAAACCUAUUGAUGGAUCUGGAACAACUCCUUUAAUGUGGGCCUGUGUAAGGGGCACCGAUAGAAGAAUCAUCGAAAUAUUGAUAGAAGAAGGAGGAGAUGUGAGAUCGAAAGACAGAUGGGGUCAGACAGCUUUACAUUGGGCUGUGUCGAGGAAUCACCUUCAUGCAGUGGAGAUCUUACUAUCUCGGGGCAGUGAGGUUAAUCCUCGAGAUGACUAUGGUCGCACACCGCUGCACUGGGCCUGUGAUCAGGGAUACUUGCACACUGCCGAGCUGUUGUUGGGUCACAAUGGCAUCGAUGUCAAUGUGGUAGACAACAAUGGAGACACACCACUGCAUAAGGCAGUUCGGGGCCAACGCUAUGGUGUUGUGUCUGUGAUGCUGAACAAGGUUAGUUAAUAAAUAUAUAUUAUAUACACUCUCCAGUAUCUUAUCGAUCUUUAUAAUAUAAAUAUUACCAAUGUACCAGUAAAAUAAUGGGAAUUGAUUUAAUCACAUGUACUACAAAACACUUGGGUUUGUGGAGGAAUUGUAUAUUGAUCAUGUUGAUGUUGAUAUUAGCGGUGUUGACUGUCCAACUGACCACCACCACUGAUAAUAAUAUCUUUAAUGGUCAAAUAAAACAAGGUCAUUAUGAGAUGAACCAAAAUAUAACAGAUAUCAUGUAUAUAUAUAUAUAUAUAUAUAUAUAUAUAUAUAUAUAUAUAUAUAUAGAGAGAGAGAGAGAGAGAUAGAUAUAUAGGCGCAGGAGUGGCUGUGUGGU